AUGCAGGAGCUAAGCAGCAUCAAAUUAACGUUUGCCCCCAUGUUGGAUCUCCUUAAUGGUAUCAGAGAGAUCAAUACUGAACUAUCUGAGAUGAAGUCAACCUUGGUGUCUUACUCUGAGCGGCUAGAAUCUGUGAACCAAAGACUAAUUGUAGUUGAAAAAGCGCAAGAUGACAUCCUGCAGCUGAAAGAUCGAGUCUAUAAAUUAGAAGAAGAUCCUAAUGAAAAAAACCAGUGGACGCGUCUCAACAAUUUUGAAAUCAAGGGUGUUCCUAUGAAGGAUCAUGAAAACCUAAUUAACAUCGUGACCAAAGAUUGGAACAAAGAUAACAUACCCUAUUGA